AAAAGAAAAACCCUCCUCUCUCUCUCUCUCUCUCUAUCUCUCAUAUCCUCUAUUGUUCACACACUCUUCACACUCACAAUACAAUACAUCUCUCUCUCUCUCUCUCUCUCUCACAAUAUAUAACUCUAUCUUGUGUUUUAAUAUUAAAUGGGGAUGGAGCAAAACAACGUGAUCGCACCGUUCAUUAUGAAGACAUAUCACAUGGUUAACGAACCAAACACAGAUAACCUUAUCAAGUGGGGUCCAUCAAACAACAGUUUCAUCGUCCUUGAUCCACUCCAAUUCUCUCACUCUCUUCUUCCUGUUUUCUUCAAACACAACAAUUUCUCUAGCUUUGUUCGUCAACUCAACACCUACGGUUUUAGAAAAGUGGAUCCGGAUAGAUGGGAAUUUGCGAAUGAGUAUUUUCUAAGAGGACAAAAACAAUUAUUGAAGAACAUAGUUAGGAAGAAGCACGUUGGUGGAGUUGGAAAUGGAAGGAACAAUAAUAAUUAUUUUAAUGAGGUGAAAUUUGAAGAUUUAGAAGAAGAUGAAGUUAUGAUGAAGGAAAUAUUGAAGCUAAAAGAAGAACAAAGAAUUUUAGAUGAAGAGCUUCAAGGAAUGAACAAAAGAUUAGAAACAACAGAGAAAAGACCACAACAAAUGAUGGCUUUUCUUUGCAAUGUCGUUGAAGAUCCUCAAAUUCUAUCAAGAAUACUAAAUGAGAGAGAAAAACAAAUAAUUGUUGAGACGAAAAAACGACGGUUUAUAUCUCCGCCGGAGACGGCGGCGAUGACGGUGGCGACCACGUCAACUUCUUCGUCAUCUUCCGGCAUGGGGAUAGCGAGUACCGUGAAGAUGGAGUUUGAUGAAGACGAGGUGACUGUUGCGAAUAAUAUGACGUCGUCUUCGCCGGAGAUGGGUUUUGAAAUUGAUUAUUUCCACCGUGAGCCGCCGCAGGGGUUGACGCCGGCGGGUGAUUGGUGGGGGCAGACACAGUUUGGACAAAUGGGUUUUAGGAAUGAUUGUGCAGUUGUUCCGACACCGUUGACGGUGGUGUCUCCGGCGCCGGUGAUGGGAGGUGGGAAUAGCAAUAGUAGAACGGAGUGUGUGGUUUUCAAUGAAAUGGCGGCGGAGAAUAGUAAGUUGCCACCUUAUCCUUUUUCAUUGUUAGAAGGUGGCUUUUAGUUUAUGGAUUUUAUCUUGGAUUCUAUCUUUUUUGUAUGACAAAUCUAUUUUUCUCUUUUUUAUUUUUAUUUUUAUUUUUGGAUUUCUUUUUUAUAUUUUGUGUAACAUCUCUGUUUCUUUUUUGGUUUUUAAUUCUCAUUUGUUGUAUGUAAAGAGAAAAUACAAGAAGUCAAAACAAGAUAGAAAGUAUAAAUCAUUAGAUAUUUUGUGUUCUA